AUGUCAUCCUUCGAGGUAUCCACUGAUGCCAUCCGUGGUGAAAUCGCAGAUGCCUGCAAUGUACUUACAGAGCAGAUCGAGGACUUCUACGAAUGUACUGCCACGCAGUUGGGCAUGUUUGCAGAGUCCGCAAAGUGCGACGGCGCAUACCAGACUUUAUCGGUCAGCUCAUUGGAGUCUUCAAUCGACCAAUGCCGCUUCUGCGCCGCGCUACGUCACGUCUACCGGGCCAACGCAGUAUUGCGAACCCGCAUCGUGGAAUGCAGCCUUGGAAUUGUUCAAGCUGUCAUCGACGAAGACCUGGAGAUCCGGAGACCGACUGAUGGCCUUGAACACUAUCUGCAGAAAGAGAAGAAGCGGCACAUGUGGCUAGGGACGCUAUUGGGUACUGUGACCAUCGUCGAACGUAAAUUGGUAUGCUUGACGCAUCACGCCACGAGAGAUGACUCUGCCUUGCAGUUCUUCAUGGCCGAUGUCAUGCGAGCUUACUUGAAUGAAUCUGCAUUCCCACGUGCGGCUUUCAAAGAUUACGUCCGCCAUUGCAGCAACAUCGACAAAGAUGCCUCGGUGGCGUUCUAG